AUGCACACCACGGCGGACAACACCCCGCCACUGACAAGCUUCGAGUCUCUCUCGGGCUCAAGAGCAAACGCAAAUGCAAACGCAAACACGUACCUGACCCGACCAACCACGUCUUGCUCGGCACCUUCAGCUUGCACUCCAACCUCGUCUAAGACGGCCGGCAAGCACGAAAGCCGUCUCUACAUAGGCAACCUACACGCAACAGUAGACGAGUACACUCUCAUCUCUACCUUUUCGAAGUUCGGCAAAAUCUCAAAACUUGACUUCCUCUUCCACAAGUCUGGACCACAACGUGGACAAGCUCGUGGCUAUGCUUUUGUUGAAUAUGCCUCAGCCCAGGAAGCUUUAGAAGCGGUGGUAGGGGCACAUGACAAGACGCUCAGAGGUAGGAAGAUCUCGGUCAAGUUUGCGAGCAAAAAUGAUGAGAGCGGCGCUGCGAGUGGAGCAGUAGGCCCGCAACGAAGAGAUCGGAGAGCAGGAGCAGAGAACGAGACGAUCAAGAUCAGUAGACAGGCGAAACAGCGGCAUGGGACUGAUGCCAAGAUCGCCGCCAUGGAAGCAAAGUUGGCCAAGAUGCGACAAGCGAAAGCUCCGCCAACCGCAGCACCGUCGAGCUCAAUGCCGAGUGGUACUGGAAAGGCAUCGCUGCCUGCCAAACCCAACUUGAAACCGGCAAACGAGACGACCAAGUCAAGACAACAGCCUCGUUGA